UCCGGGCGAACAAACUAUGCACGCAAAUCUUGAUUGACACAAUAACAAAUGUGAUCCUAUUAUGAAAACUUCGCUUUUAAAAAAUUAGAAUCUUUACGUAGUUUUGACAGUUAGCUUUUUCUGCACCUGAGUUGUUCUCGGGGAUCUUCUAAAAAAUGUUGUGCAGCGACAAGGGAAAAUAUCUGGCAGUUUUAUUGAUAAUUUUCCGAAGCGCGCCGGCAGCAAGCAUUCGAAGUGAACUAAAAUCCUUUCCGCUGUCGAAUGGCGUGCAUUUGUUUCACCCUUAUUAUUAUACUGGAUAUGAUAAGCGCAGCCCGAGCCGAAUAUCCAAGCGGCAACUAAGCGAAUACGGCGUGGGAGGCUUUCGCGCGUACCAGAACCGCCCAAAAAGUGGUCGUAGGAAAGGGCGCAAGAAGUUGUCCUAUCAGGGGCCACCUCCACCUUUCGACGGUUAUGCUCCAGAAAACAUUAUCCCACGCGAAGCUGGAGGAUAUGCAGACAUGCAAAAUCAAGCAUCGAAUUAUGUUCCACAGCAGCCUUGCUGUCCAUGCGCUCCACAAACAGUGGUAUCGCCGCCCCAGUCGUAUACGAAUACCGCACCAUUACCGGCACCUUUAAGCAUACCGGUGAUAAACCUGCCACCGCCAUUACCAAAUUACGAUUCUACCAGUGCCAUUGUGUAUCACAAUGACCCAAACAUUCUUCGGUAUAACAACAGUGGACUUAACAAUGACGAGACCAGAAGUCGGAUUGAAUUAUCGGCAUAUCCACCGAAGGCUUUGAAUCUACAACUGGCUGCACCGGUACCGGAACCACCGGCCGGUGCAGUCAACGCUCAUGCUGGAAUGCAGGGAUAUUCGACUAAUGCGUUAAACCCUUAUCAACCAGGUGUCCCUGCUCAAAGUACUCCUCAAGCUCCGCCACGACAAUAUAAUCUGCAGGUAUACCAUCCCGGCCCCCCCGAUUUUGGUCAACUCAUAUCCCCACCCAGUGGUUACCGCAAAUCGACAGCCCCCUCCAUACUUCACACCACAGUCUCAUGUAGUUCCACCCGUACCGGUGAAUCCACCACCUCAGUAUGCUGCACAACCACCACCUUAUGGCGUAUACGGAUACGGAAUCCCACCCCAUUCUCCCAGUGA